UCUUGAAAACAAAAAAAAAAUACUCCAUCUCUGUAGAAUACUGUAAAUCUAGAAAUCUAAAAUCAACCACUUUCUGUAAUUUCAACGACGUUAAUUAUUAGAAUAGUUUUUUUUAGAUCUAGAUCUAACAAUCUACUCUACAUUGUCCUAUUUUUUAGAAUUCUAGAUAAGAUUGUUUGUUGGUUUCACAUCACAGUGCAGAAAAAUGGUGGAGUUUUAUGCGAUAAUUAGGCUUUCAGGCAGUGACAUCAUCCAUUUAGCGAGAACACCUGUUUCAGCCUUAGGAAGCUACGAGGAUGAAAAGUGUAUCAUUACCAGCAACAUUACCAGCAAACCCUGUAUUCUAAGCUUUGAUGACAAAGGCCAAGGAUAUUUAAAGAGAAUGGGAGAAGCUGCUGUCAGCAUAAAUGGCCUGGCCCUUGUUAUGGAUAAAUGGCAAGAAGUAAAGCAUGGAGAUAUAAUACAUGUUAUGGGACAGAAGCUGUUUUUCUAUUACCCAAAAAACAGUGAUUUUAACACUCAGACAAACAAAAGAAAUGAACUGGAACUGCCACCGCCCAAUUUCUUUAAGGUUGAUGGACGACCAUCUUUGGUUAAGCAAUCUCUUAUGGAAGUUGCUCUUUCAUAUAACCUUGAAGAGCUUGAAAGUAACAGUGAUGACAGUGAUGACAGUGAUGACAGUGAAGAUAUGGAGCAAUACCCCACAACCCCAAGAUUCUGCCCCAGCUGUAGCAAAUAUUAGACCAAGUACUGAACAGCUUAGACAUCAUCAUAACUACCUUCAGGCACAGCAAGUUCAUCUUAGAGGAGGACAGCUCUUUUGUCUUCAGCUUUCUCACGUGCUCCUUUUUUGUGCAAUAUCCCUUUUGCCAAGCAACAAGAUAUUCAGCGGCAGUUUCUGCUAGAUAUGAUACCUAGAGCUAAUAUGCCUUGGAAGUAGUAGAGCUUUUGGAGAUGCACAGCUGCUUAAGUACUGAUUAAAAUUGAUUUAUUUCUGUCUCUGUAAAAAUGUUGGAAAUUUGUUUUGGUUAUAGUUAUUUAUAACAUGUUAGCUUGAUAAUAUUGUUUUUUUAUUACAAUUUAUUUUUAUCUCAUUAAAUAAAAGAAAAAUCUCUUCAGUUUGAUUAUAAAUAACUUUAUAGAUAAUACAAUUAAUCUAACAUGUUUCUGAAUUGUGUUUGUACAUUAACUAAUUUAGAUUUUUCACAAAAAUAUUUCUACUCUCAUGGUAUGCAUAUUUUCUGUUUAACAAUGUUUGGCAUCAAUUUCUUGGCCAUUUUAUUGCUUUUGCCUAAACAUGUUCUGUCAUUUUCAUAUUGAGAAAGUCCUCAUUUUUAUCCACCUCUACGGUGUAGUAUCUGUAGAACACGUGCUCUAGUGAACCACCUAAAUCAGUUAUUAUAAAAAAUUAUUUAGCCAUUUUUUGUGGUCACACAUUUUGUAUGAACUCAAGUUUUGAACUGGAAUGUUAAGUGCCAGAAAGGUUAACUUUUUCACAAAAUAUCACACUUCAUAUUUUAAGAAUUUAUUCAUUUCUUCCAGUCCAUUUGUUUGUGUUGUGCUUUAAAAUCAGUAGCUUAGAAAAUUAUUUAAUAUGCAAUUUUAAUGUAAUACUAUUUUAAAAAACUUUUUAUGUACAUAGUUGUUCAAAGAGAACAACAUUAAUGGUUUAUCUGUUUUCUGUUUAUCAUAAAUACUUUUCAU